AUGUGGGACAAGAUCAUGAACAGAAUCCUGCUAUGGAUCAGUGUCAGUGUGGAAAACAGUCACAACCAAGCCAGACCAAUGACUGUGCCUUUUGAUAUUGGCUAUCAAGAGGCAGGAGAACAGAGAUCCAAUGGUCAGACAAUGGAAGACAACUGUGAUGACCCUUUAGCAUCUCAGCUCUCUCCAAUGGCCUUUUCCAGUUCCUCUGAUCUCUCUGGAGCUCCCCACACAGCACAGCUCAACAGGCGAGUUGGAACUGGUGGUUGGUCCCCAGCCAAUUCCAGUGCCCAACAGUGGCUCCAGAUGGACCUGGGAAACCGAGUGGAGAUUACAGCGGUGGCCACGCAGGGAAGAUAUGGCAGCUCUGACUGGGUGACGAGCUACAGCCUGAUGUUCAGUGACACGGGACACAACUGGAAGCAGUACAGGCAAGAAGACAGCUUGUGGACCUUCGCGGGGAACGUGAAUGCUGACGGCGUGGUGCACCACAAGCUGCCACACUCCGUGACAGCCCGCUUUGUUCGCUUUGUGCCCUUGAGGUGGAACCCAAGUGGGAAGAUUGGCAUGAGGGUCGAGGUUUAUGGAUGCUCCUACAAAUCCGACAUUGCCGACUUUGAUGGCCGGAGCUCGCUGCUCUACAGGUUCAGUCAGAAGCUGAUGAGCACUCUCAAAGACGUCAUCUCCCUCAAGUUCAAGAGCCUGCAAGGAGAUGGGGUCCUGUUCCAUGGAGAGGGUCAGCGCGGAGACCACAUAACCCUGGAGCUCCAGAAGGGAAGGCUCGCCCUGCAUCUAAACUUAGAUGACAGCAGCAAGGCCCGGCCCAGCAGCAGCCCGCCAGCAGCCGCCCUGGGCAGCCUCCUCGAUGACCAGCACUGGCACUCGGUCCUGGUUGAGCGGGUGGGCAAGCAGGUGAACUUCACCGUGGACAGGCACACACAGCACUUCAGGUUCAAGGGCGUGGCUGAUUCCUUGGACAUCGACUAUGAGCUUAGUUUUGGAGGAAUUCCAGUACCAGGCAAACCUGGGACCUUUUUAAAGAAAAAUUUCCAUGGAUGUGUUGAAAACCUGUACUACAAUGGAGUAAACAUAAUUGACCUGGCUAAAAGAAGAAAACCUCAGAUCUACACAGUGGGCAAUGUCACGUUUUCCUGCUCUGAAGCACCCAUCGUUCCCAUCACGUUUGUCAACUCAAGCAGCAGUUACUUGCUGCUGCCCGGCACCCCGCGACUCAAUGGGCUCUCAGUGAGUUUCCAGUUUAGAACGUGGAACGAGGACGGGGUGCUUCUGUCCACGGAGCUGUCCGAGGGCUCAGGGACCCUGCUGCUGAGCCUGGAGGGUGGCAUCCUGAGGCUCCUCCUCCAGAAAACCACUGAGCACAUCACAGAGAUCCUCACAGGCAGCAGCUUGAAUGAUGGCCUGUGGCAUGCGGUCAGCAUCAGCGCCAGAAGGAGCCGCGUCACUCUCACUCUGGAUAAUGACGCAGCAUCCCCGACUCAAGACACUGCCCCGGUGCAGGUCUAUUCUGGAAGUAGUUACUACUUUGGAGGAUGCCCCGACCAUCUCACCGAGUCCCAAUGUCUCAGUCCCGUUAAGGCUUUCCAAGGCUGCAUGAGGCUCAUCUUCAUUGAUAACCAGCCCAAGGACCUCAUUUCAGUUCAGCAAGGUGCCCUGGGGAAUUUGAGUGGUUUACACAUUGAUCUGUGUAGCAUCAAAGACAGGUGUUUGCCAAACUACUGUGAACAUGGAGGGAGCUGCUCCCAGUCCUGGUCCUCCUUCCAUUGUAACUGCAGUGGAACAGGCUACACUGGUGCUACCUGCCAUGACUCCAUCUAUGAACAGUCCUGCGAGGUGUACAGGCACCAAGGGAACACAGCUGGAUUCUUUUACAUCGACUCCGAUGGCAGCGGGCCCCUGGCACCUCUCCAGGUGUACUGCAACAUCACUGAGGACAAGAUCUGGACAACAGUGCAGCACAAUGCAGAGCUGACACACGUGCGGGGCUCCAGCCCUGAGAAGUCCUACACCUUGACCUUGGACUACGGCGGCAGCAUGGAGCAGCUGGUGGCUCUGAUCGACAGCUCAGAGCACUGCGAGCAGGAGGUGGCUUACCACUGCAGGAGGUCUCACCUGGUCAACACAGCAGAUGGAGCACCAUACAUCUGGUGGAUUGGGCGGUCCAAGGAGAGGUACCCGUACUGGGGAGGGUCCCCUCCUGGUUUCCAGCAAUGUGAAUGUGGCCUGGACCAUAGUUGCCUGGACAUUCCACACUUUUGCAGCUGUGACAUGGACAAGGAUGAGUGGACACAUUAUACUGGCUUUCUCUCCUUCAAAGACCACUUGCCUGUUACUCAGAUGAUCAUCACUGAUACCAACAGAUCCAACUCAGAAGCUGCUUGGAGAAUCGGCCCCUUGCGAUGCUAUGGUGACAGACAUUUCUGGAAUGCCGUCACAUUUGGCACAGAAGCCUCUCACCUCCACUUCCCAGCCUUCCACGCGGAACUCAGUACUGACAUUUCUUUCUUCUUUAAAACCACAACUUUGUCUGGAGUUUUCCUGGAAAAUCUUGGCAUGAAAGACUUCAUUCGACUUGAAAUGAGUUCUCCUUCCGAGGUCACUUUCGCCAUUGAUGUUGGAAAUGGCCCCGUAGAGCUCAUUGUCCAGUCUCCUUCUUCUCUGAAUGACAACCAGUGGCACCGUGUCUGGGCUCAGAGGAACCUCAAGGAGACCUCACUGCAGGUGGACAACCUCCCCCCGAGCACCAGAGAGACUGUGGAGGACGGCCAUUUCCGACUGCAGCUCAACGGCCAGUUGCUUGUAGGAGGAACAUCAUCGAGACAGAAAGGCUUCCAAGGAUGUAUCCGCUCCUUACGUGUGAAUGGGCAGAACCUGGACCUGGAGGAGAGGGCCAGGGGCACGUCUGGAGUCAGGCCCGGCUGCCCAGGCCACUGCAGCAGCUAUGGCAGCAUCUGUCACAAUGGGGGCAGGUGUGUGGAGAGGCACAGAGGCUACCUGUGUGACUGCACCAGCUCACCGUACGAAGGGCCCUUUUGCAACAAAGAGGUUUCUGCUGUUUUUGAAGCUGGAACAUCGGUUACUUACAUGUUUCAAGACCCUUACCCCAUGACCAAGAACCUCAGUCUGCCAUCUUCAGCUGUUUACACAGAUACAGCGCCAUCCAAGGAAAACAUUGCUCUUAGCUUCGUGACAGGCUGGGCACCCAGCCUCUUGCUCUUCGUUGAUUAUCCUUCUCAGGACUUCCUGGCUGUUCUGCUCUGCAAGAAUGGAAGCUUACAGAUUCGCUAUCAGUUAAGCAAGGAAGACACCCACGUAUUCACCAUUGACGUAGAGAACUUUGCUAACAGAAGGAUGCAUCACUUGAAGAUAAACCGAGAGGGGAGAGAGCUUAACAUUCAGGUGGAUCAGCAACUCCUGCUCAGCUAUAACGUCUCCCCAGAAGCCAAGCUCAGUACCAGCAGGUCCUUGACCCUGGGCAAAGUCACAGAGCGCCUCAGCUUGGACCCUGAAGUUGCUAAGGCUAACGCCUUGGGUUUCCUUGGGUGUCUGUCUUCAGUCCAGUACAACCACAUAGCACCGCUGAAGGCAGCCCUGCGUCAUAGCACCACUGCUCCUGUGACUGUCCGAGGGACCUUGGCAGAAGCCAGCUGUGGCUCCAUGCUGGAUUCUGUUGUCAAUGCAGUGACCACAGAGCAUUCUUCAUCAGAUCAUUUUGGGAAAGCAGAUGAGCAGGAACCCCUCACCAAUGCAGUUCGAAGUGAUUCGGCAGUCAUUGGAGGGGUCAUAGCUCUGGUGGUAUUCGUCAUCCUCUGCAGCACUGGUGUCAUGAUCCACUUCCUACACCAACACAAGAAAUCCCAUCGCACAAGACAGAUGAAAAAGGAAUAUCCUGAAAAUUUGGACAGCUCCUUCAGAAAUGAAAUUGUGGUGCAGAACACAGCAAAGGAAUGUAAACGAGACUAUUUCAUGUGA